AUGAGAUCUAGGAAGAUGGCGCCAGUGUGGGAGGCGGGCCAUCAGCUGCUCCGAUUGUUGUGUGUGUUUCUGUUGUUUGUAACACAUGUUGCACAUGCCGCCAACACUCUGCGGGUGUUUGAUCGCCAAACGCUGUUAGAUCUGAGAAUCUACGCCAAAGAUCUUGUCAACUUUAAUUAUUAUGGACAAAAAUCUCCUUUCCUAUCGGACAUCUCGACAUACCUCUGCCUCACUCCAGCGCCGCCACCGCAGCGAAAACGGCACCGCUGCAGGGGUAAGCGUAGUGGCUGUCUGGUGAGGCUGAGGGCCGGGUUGUUACGUACUGAUCAGUGUAUAUGGAGCGGGGCCUCGCCUUUGUAUCUCUCGACGUUCCCUGGACCCUGUCGCUGCCUGGUUGGUACCGGUGGCGGGCUCGGAUGUGAUGUUGCAGCCCCACGGACCCUGCUCUCGUCCCCGCUGGCGCGGAGUGAAUCUGGGGAACCUGCGGCCUCUGUGUCGGGCCUCCUGGUCAGCUGUUCGUCCUGA